AUGAAAGUCUGUGCGAACAGUAUCGUUUCAGUGCUGGAUACCGUCCUCAAGACAUGUCCAGCCAAUGGCUCCGUCUCCGCAUGUUGUGUUGCGCUGAAAAGUACAUCGCUGAGCGAUAGGGUCUUCUACCCUACUAGCGAUGUGUAUCACCAGUCCAUCGGGUCCUACUGGAGAGCUGAUAACCAGCAACUCUACCCUUCUUGUGUGGUCCAGCCGCACUCAGCACAGGAUGUGUCCCUAGCUGUAUCGACUCUCGUCAAAGCCAAUGAUAACUCGCCUCGAUGCCAGUUUGCAGUUCGCUCCGGUGGUCAUGGGACAGUGACUGGAUCCACGAAUGGGGACUACGCGGUGACGAUUGAUCUGUCCCAGAUGAAUCAGACGGUCUACCAUGCGGACACAUGUACUGCGUCUAUCCAGGCCGGGGCGCGGUGGAAAUCCGUCUACAAAACCCUAAGCCAGCAUAACAUGGCCGUUCCGGGUGGUCGAUCCGGGAUGGUGGGUGUUGGUGGCUUCGUCACAGGAGGAGGGAACUCGUUUCAUAGCGCUCAAUACGGACUUGUCUGCGACGCUGUAGUAAAUUUCGAGAUCGUUCUUGCUAACGGGCAAAUCACCACCGCGAACGAGCACACAAACCCGGACCUCUUCAAAGUCCUCCGUGGCGGCUCCAACAACUUCGGCAUCGUCACCAGAAUCGACCUCGAAGCCUUCGAGCAAGAAUCCCUCUGGGGCGGCGUCGUCACCUACAACCAGUCCACCGCAGCCCAGCAGAUCCCCGCAUUCGUGGACUUCACCAGCGAUCUCCACAAGGACCCGCACGCCUCGUUGAUCGCAUUGUACACUUACUCUUCUGAGCUCGGAGUCCCGGUGAUCAGCAACGCGCUAGAGUAUACGAAACCGGUCGAAUUCCCAGCAGCGUUUGCGCGGUUCUACGCCCUACCGAAUAUUUCCAGCACGAUGCGGAUUGCAGAUUUGGAUGAUGUGACGUCGGAGUUUGAGCCUCCAGGGGGGGUACACCACAACUUCUUCACUCUAACAUUCGCCAACGACCCAAGAAUCCUCCACCGCGCCGUGGAAAUCCAAACCAAAGCCAUCGAGGAAAUAAAGCAUUCCGUGAAAAGCAGCGCUUGGUCCAUCAUGAGCCUAUACCAGCCCUUUCCCGCGCUUUUCACGCACCUGGUGGACCUCCUCUGGUUUACAUGGGAUGAGAUCGAGGAUACCCCGCUUUUCGACUCGGUUGGAUACGCCAUGGUGGAAGAGAUCGAGAGCUACGCGAGAUCGCGUGGCGGGGGGAAUCGGUACAUUUAUUUGAAUUAUGCGGCGGGAUUGCAGAACCCGUUGCGUGGGUAUGGCGAGGACAAUCUGCGCGAGAUGCGUCGGGUUGCUGAGAAGUAUGAUCCCCUGGGGGUGUUUCAGUAUCAGGUUCCCGGGGGGUUUAAGUUGAGUCAAGCUUAGUCCUUACGGUUUGUUGAUUGGGUUUGAUGUCCAGGUUAGGGUUACCAGGGACAGAUAGAUUUCUUAUAACGUGGUCAUCAUCUCAUCAUAAAUUAUAUAUAAUACUAGGUACUAGGUCAUGUCAUCUAAUACUCGUAUAUACAAAAGUAAAACAAAUCUACCCACAAAACAUUUACAACAUGUGUGCAAGGAAGGGAACAGCAGCAAAUAGGAAUAUCGUUCCCAUUAGGCUCUGUCCAGGUAGUACGCUCGAACCUGCGGACGUGGUCCCACAGCAAGAGUCCCGAUUAUAGGUGACAUUGUUCAUGUCGGCUGCAACUUGGAACAC